GUCUGGCCGCCCGUCCAGUUCGCCGCGAGACACCGUGGGCGCGACACCGUUCCUUUUUCUGGCGGUCGCUUGUGUUGGAGCAGCAGUGAGUGUGUUGUACCAUAUGACACGGUAGUGUACCAUCCAUACCCGCUAUUGGUACGCGCGCGCACAACCACCCUCCCUCCUUUCUCUGGUUGUAGCGUUUUCCCGCUUUCCCGGUGUUUUUGUUUCGGUGUUCCGUUGCGCGCCCCUGUGUGUGUGUGUGCUGGUUCUCCAGUGGUAAGCGGUAGUAGUAGCAUGUACGCUAGCGGCCGCCCGAUGGUCGGUGAUUUUUGGUCGGUUCGUUCAUUCAUGCCGUAAGUCCACACUGUUGUGAGUGUGUGCCGUCGUCCUUCGGCGUUGUCGUCGUCGUCGUUCCGCUGUGGCAGCAAAUGCACGGUUAGUGCUCUGUUUAUUGUUUCUUAUUUGCUUCGUAAAAUCACAACCGGAUGGCCGACCAGCGUGAGUGGUCCUAGCUCCCGCCAGUGGUCUUAAACCGGUAACACGUUCCAGCGCGCCUUUUUGUUUACGAUGACGCUGUGCUAAGCUGCAUUCCAGUGCGCUCGUGCAAGGAAAACAACAAAAAAAUCGUUCUCUGUGAUGUGAUUUUGUGGUCCACUGAGAAAGGUCGACGAAAAGAAGGUGAAAAAAAAUCACUGUGUGUUGCAAUUAUUGCACUGUCAUUGGAGCGGGGAAGGUGAUUGUUUGGGUGACCGUGCCAGUGAAUCCGUGUUUUAUUCCGUGGGUGUGUGUGUGUGUGUGUGCGUGGGCUUCUUGUGCACCCGCACCUGUCUCCCGUUCUGCCUGGUGGUGUUUGUGGUCGUGUUCGGGUUGCAACGGUUUUUCGUAGCGGAUAGGCCGCGUUCGCCCCCGCCCCCAUCCAACCACAGUGACAGCGGAUCCAUUAGCAUGUGUGUCUGUGUGUGUGUGUGUGCUUGUGUGUCAAGUGAUUUGGAGUGAAAUGCUUUCCCCGUAAAGUCGUUUGUCAUCAGCGCCGUUUGUGCAGGGAAAACGGAAAAUCAUAUCCACCAUUUCACCUUACCAGCCGCGGAUUGAACGGUCGGUGCGUGUGUGUGUGUGUGUAUCACUCUGGUGGGUGGAAAAUAAAUCGAAGCAAUAUCACCGUCCCUUCAUGGCGUUCUGUGCGGUCGACCGUGCGUUAACGGUGCCGACGAGCGGGAAUGAACCGGACGGAACCGGAACAAAAGGCCUCACCAACGCCGCAUUCCGCACGUGACGCUUCUGAUGGACGGGUGGUGUCCCGUACCGCGCUCCGUGCCACCGUUCGAGCAUUGGCUUUGGGUGCCACCGAUGAAAUCGCGACCGCGGCACCAGGAUCACGGCUGUCGUGCGCAUCCAGUCGUGUGUGGCGGCGUAUAGGGCGCGCGCAGAACGCGUGGUGUUCAGUGCUAAGCGAACAAGUAUGGCGAUCGCCAGCAGCAACUCCGUCCCGUACAGAAACUGGGCGCAAAGCAAGAAAGCGAGAGUUACUAGUGCCACAGCGAUGCUACUUAAGAUCAUCGAGUUCCUAUGCUGAGUGGAUUUUAGUCGCGCGUGUGUCAGGGUGGUGCAGUUUAAAACCGUUCAUUGGCCGGCUAAAAUGAAGAGGAAAAAAGGCGCUGCUGCAUCCCUUGCCAAACCAGUGUAUUGCCGCCUGUUUGUGGGGCACUCCGUGUGACCCUGCGUGAGGGACAGAGUGAUUUGCCUCCGACCGUACGUGUGUGUGUGCCUGUGCUGUUGCCAAGAUGCUGCCAGUUCGAACAUAAGUAACGGGCAAAUAUCGUUUAGCGUGAAAAGAAGUACACGCGCCAUUAUCGUACCACCACCAAGUGCAAUUCAUCAACCGUUUGGGGCCAAAGAAAGCUACGCAGCGCAACGAAGCAACGCCGUCCAACAAUAAGUGUAGUGUUAGUGUGCACAGUUGGUGUUUUUUUUUAUAUACCAUAAUAUAAUAAGUAAGCUCAACGCGCGUCAACAUGGGCGAGACGAGUAAAGUGCAGCAGCAGCAGCAGCAGCAGGAAAAGGCUCGACUGCAAAAUGAGCGACGAAUACGAGCCAACGAUCGAGAAUACAAUACACAAUUCAAAUACGCUAACAACUACAUCAAAACGUCCAAAUAUUCGAUAUUAACAUUUCUGCCUUUGAACCUGCUGGAGCAGUUCCAACGUCUUGCCAACUUUUACUUUCUGUGUCUACUAAUUCUCCAGCUGAUACCGGCGAUCUCGUCACUGACGCCCGUCACCACCGCCAUUCCACUAAUCGGUGUGCUCAUGCUGACUGCCAUCAAGGAUGCGUACGAUGAUUUCCAAAGACACAUGUCCGACUCGCAAGUUAACAAUCGGCGCUCGAAAGCGCUCCGGCACGGGAAGCUGGUGGACGAACGGUGGUCCGGCGUGCAGGUCGGCGACAUUAUCCGCAUGGACAACGAUCAGUUCGUGGCGGCGGACAUACUGCUCCUGUCGUCGAGCGAACCGAACGGGCUGUGCUUCAUCGAGACGGCCGAGCUGGACGGGGAAACGAACCUCAAGAUCAAGCAGUGCCUGCCCGAGACGGCCGCACUGGGCCAGCAGGAGGAUCUGCUGUGGAAGUUUAACGGCGAGAUCGUGUGCGAACCGCCGAACAAUCUGCUGAACAAGUUCGAGGGUACGCUCACGUGGAAGAACCAGCGCUACCCGCUCGACAACGACAAGAUCCUGCUGCGCGGGUGCAUCAUACGCAACACGCAAUGGUGCUACGGCGUCGUCAUCUUUGCCGGCAAGGACACGAAGCUGAUGCAGAACUCGGGCAAGACCAAAUUCAAACGGACGACCAUCGAUAGGCUAUUAAAUUUUAUAAUCAUAGGAAUAGUGUUCUUUCUCUUGUCGAUAUGCGGUUUCUGCACGAUUGCAUCCGCAAUAUGGGAGGCGUUAGUAGGAUACAAAUUUCAAAUUUAUCUGCCAUGGGAACGGAUAAUCCCGAAGGAUUAUCUGCAAGGUGCAAUCAGUAUCGGGUGUCUAGUCUUUUUUUCCUACGCAAUCGUACUGAACACAGUGGUGCCAAUAUCUUUAUACGUGUCGGUAGAGGUGAUCCGGUUCGCGCAAUCCUUCCUUAUCAACUGGGAUGAAAAGAUGUACUACGACAAGACGAAAACUCACGCGAAAGCGCGUACGACCACGCUGAACGAGGAGCUGGGCCAGAUACAGUACAUCUUCUCGGACAAAACGGGCACCCUGACGCAGAACAUUAUGACGUUCAACAAGUGCAGCAUUGCCGGCCGUGCCUAUGGCGAUGUGGUUGAUGUGCGUACGGGCGAAACAGUCGAACUGUCGGAGCCUACAUUCAACAGUAACACAUCGCUUUUGUUAAACGCUGAAGAGCCGCCAGGUCGCAGCACACCUCAGCCCACCACCACCACCACUACCACGAUCACCACCGAACAGCCAGUUCAGACCCCAAACAAAAAGCAUCCACCUUCACUACAUGUUAGAUUCAGUCAGCACAGUAAUAGCCAAGAAACGCAGACGUCCAUAUCCUCCACUACGACUAAGCAAGUCACCACCACACCAACACCACCAACACCACCACCACCACAACAACCAAAACCCCAUAUCCCGGCGCAGUCAACUACGGACGUACCACCAAGUGGGAACAAUACGCAAGAAGGACUGCAUGUUUCUUCAUAUAGUGUGGUGAUGGAGUCGGUAGACUUUUCCUUCAAUCCGGAGUACGAACCCGAGUUCCGGUGGUACGACCAGGGGCUGCUGGAUGCCGUGCGGGCGGACGAGGAGCACGCGCAUAACUUUUUUCGUUUGCUAGCCCUCUGCCAUACCGUGAUGGCGGAGGAGAAAAAUGGCAAGUUAGAUUAUCAAGCACAAAGUCCUGACGAGGCAGCCCUCGUGUCGGCGGCGCGUAAUUUUGGAUUUGUUUUUAAAUCACGAGCACCGAACAGUAUAACAAUAGAGGUCAUGGGACGAACAGAGGAAUAUGAACUGUUAAGUAUAUUAGAUUUUAAUAACGUUAGAAAGCGAAUGUCGGUCGUGUUGCGUCGCAACAACUCCAUCAUCCUGUACUGUAAGGGCGCCGAUAGUGUGAUAUACGAUAGGCUAGGACCGAACCAGCACGACCUGAAGGCUCGCACGCAGGAACAUUUAAACAAAUUUGCCGGCGAAGGUUUGCGCACGCUGGUGCUCGCCGAGCGGCGCCUCACGAAGGAGUUCUACGAGUCCUGGCUGGUGCGACAGAGAGAAGCUGCCUUAUCUUUAGACGGUAGGGAGGAUAAGUUAGGUGCAAUCUAUGAAGAGAUCGAAUGUGAUAUGCAGCUGGUCGGUGUGACGGCUAUAGAGGAUAAGCUACAGGACGGUGUGCCCCAGACGAUCGCGAAUCUACAGCUGGCCGGCAUUAAGAUUUGGGUACUUACGGGCGAUAAGCAAGAAACGGCAAUAAACAUAGGCUAUUCCUGUCAGCUGCUGACGGACGACAUGGUGGACGUGUUUGUGAUCGACGGCAUUACCAAGAGCGAGGUAGAGCAGCAGCUGCGCAAGUACAUGGAUUCGUUACGGAUCGUCAACACCUACCAUCCAGCCAACGUCCAAAAAGCGAACCAAGCGCACUCGCAAACGGUUGGUGGUGGCACCACCAGCGAAACCAGUGCCGUGACGGCAAACGGAGCGCACAGCAGCAGCUCGGGUCCGAUGGUCGACAUACAGAACACCUCGCCCCCGUCCGUAUCGGUGGUGACGUUUAGGUGGGAUAAUAGACAUAAAUAUACAAGUAUAGGAGGAAGCGAGGAGGCACCGGACAGUGUAAACUGUAGCAACUAUUCCGACGGGUUCGAGAAGGGCGAACCGACGCUAACCGACAUCGACGAGAACACGGGCGUGGCGCUAGUGAUCAACGGGCACUCGCUAGUGCACUGUCUGACGUCGGAGCUGGAGAGCAAGUUCCUCGAGAUCGCGUCCCACUGCAAAGCGGUCAUCUGCUGCCGGGUAACGCCGCUCCAGAAAGCGAUGGUGGUCGAGCUGAUCAAGCGGGCGAAGAAUGCGGUCACGCUUGCGAUCGGUGACGGUGCGAACGAUGUGUCGAUGAUAAAAGCGGCACACAUCGGCGUCGGCAUCUCCGGGCAGGAGGGCAUGCAGGCCGUACUGGCGAGCGACUACUCGAUCGCACAGUUUAAAUUUCUCGAAAGACUGCUGCUGGUGCAUGGCCGCUGGUCGUACUACCGGAUGUGUAAAUUUUUGCGCUACUUUUUCUACAAAAACUUUGCAUUCACGCUGUGCCAUUUUUGGUAUGCAUUUUUUUGCGGCUUCAGUGCUCAGACCGUUUUCGAUCCAAUGUUUAUAUCGGUGUACAAUCUGUUCUACACCUCGCUGCCGGUGCUGGCGCUCGGCAUCUUCGAGCAGGACGUGUCGGACAAGAGUAGCGUCGACUAUCCGAAGCUCUACACGCCCGGCAUGACGAACGCACUGUUCAACACGACCGAGUUCAUACGCAGCGUCCUGCACGGUAUCUUCAGUUCGCUGAUAUUGUUUCUCAUUCCGUACGGUACGUACAAGGACGGCAUCUCUCCGGACGGGUACGUGCUGAACGAUCACAUGCUGCUCGGCUCGGUAGUGGCCACCAUACUUAUCCUCGAUAACACCGCGCAGAUCGCGCUCGACACAUCGUACUGGACCGUGUUUAAUCACAUCAUGAUCUGGGGCAGCCUGCUGUGGUACUUCUUUUUGGACUACUUUUACAACUACGUCAUCGGCGGCCCGUACGUCGGCUCGCUGACGCAGGCGAUGAAGGAAGCCACGUUCUGGUUCACCACCGUGCUGACAGUGAUCGUCCUCAUGAUACCGGUGCUGGCAUCACGCUUCUACUUUGUCGAUGUGUUCCCCAGCUUACCAGAUAAGAUUCGUGUACAGCAACGGUUGGCGCUACUGCGUUCCCGGCAGAGCAGUGACGUCCUGAGGACACCGUCCGCCCGCAAGGCACGCCGCUCGUUACGCUCCGGCUAUGCUUUCGCCCAUCAGGAAGGAUUUGGCCGGCUUAUUACGUCGGGCAAAAUUAUGCGCAAACUGCCACAGGACUUUGCCUUCCCGUUGGGGCUGGGCAGCAAGAAGCAGCAGUCGACGGAAUCAACCAAAAACAACAAUAACAACAACAACAACAACAAUAGCAGCAAUAACGCUAAUAACGCCUCGAACGUGGUCAAUGGUGCUGGGGCCGUUGGGACACGAACCGGUACGAACACGGCGACCGCAACGACCCUGUCGGCGAUGGUAGCGGUCACCACCUUGACCGCCAAUGGCAAUCAGCAGCAACAGCAGCAGCAGCUGGUUAACCUGCCCGGCAGCUCGAACGGCGGUGAUCAGCACAGUCCGCGGGCACCGUGCCAAGAUCUGGACACGAUAAACCUGUAAAUCCACGGUGGUAUCCCCUUCAUCGAAACCAAAACUCACAACGAAUAAUCCACUUGGCUGCAACGAGUUAACCACAAAACCAGUGUCCACAGGAGAGGUGUGCUAAGUGUCCCAUGUUUUGCUUUUUAUGUUGUUUUUUUUAAUACUCUAAUUCCCGUAUUGUUUAGAAAAUUAGAAAGAAUUAUUUUGCCUCCGCCGUGUGAAGCUACACAUUUUAAAUCCAAUAUACCAACAUUCUCUGUACCAAGCGAUGCGAAAAUAGUUAAGAAACGGACCGCAAAUUAAGACGCUAACACACACGCUGGGAAGAAAAGGUACUUAAGCGAAUGUUGAUAUCUGCCAAACGUAAUCCGCAAUCCGUGGCACUGGCCGGAUGUUAAAACUAAACACAGCAGCACACCAACCCUCUCCCUCCUUCUGCCUGUACCAAAUAACCGUAUAAAACCCCCUCGUGUCUCUGCAAGGAAAGGAAAAGAGGCAAACUGACAAAUAACAAUAAUAACACAAGUAUUUCAUAGGAGAAGUCGAGCAAACCGCCUAGAAUGUGGGUGUUUAAGCACAGCUACGAUAAACGAUAAACUUCUAAGCAUAGUAUUGACACGACCACGGCUUUAGGGGAGAGUAAGAUAAAGACGGGAAAAGAUCGAUCGCCAAGCGAUGCUCAUACAAAAAAAAACGCCUCCAUCAUCAUCCCGUUUUUGAGUUUCCACCAUUCACACGCCUCAUCUCGAAUGUUUCGAUUCUCCUUCUUUUCUUUUUAAGUAAGAUCAUUCAUAUUCAGACGAACUACGAACGCCACUAACAAUUUUUUGGGGGUGUGGUGCGAAACAAGCAGAGCGAAGGAAAGUGAAUAACAUUUAGCAUUGUUACACAUUAUGAACUUAUUGUGAUUGUCCUGUGACUACAUAUUUGAUAUAUUACGAGAGCAGAAAAUGCGAAUGCGAAAACGAAACCAGCCGCCAGCAAAACAGCAAUGCGUAAUAAGCUUAGUGGAGGGGGGGAAGGGGUGGCAAUUUAUUGAAUUGACGCCGUUCUGUUGGCAACAAGGCCAAAGAACAAGAGGAGGGAAGCAUGUAAAUAGUGUUAUAUCUUGUGUAAAGAACCGUGAAUAAUAAAAAAAACAACAUGUUCUAACAUGAAAUAAGAGAGCGAAGAAAGGGAGAGAACAAACCAAAAAAAAAACAAACAAAAACAAAAUACAAAUGAAGCGAAAGAAAUAUUGAUAUUGAGUAUGUGUAAGAGAGAAAAAAAACACACACACAAAAGAGCUCACACAAGUAGUAAAAGAGAAAAAAAAACGGAAACACUUAGGAAAGUCGUGAAAGUAAACAUAAGAAAGAAGCAAACGAUGUAAAUAUAGUUGAAGGAAAAAGAUGAACAAAAAUGGACAAGAAACGAAAUA